UAUUAAGAUCCACAACAUUUGGUAUUCGUUCAAAUUUUUUAUUCAAUUCUAAUAAAUUUAAAAUUUUAUCAAACAUAAAUAUACAUACUUUUCAGAGAAUUUCUAAUUUAAAACGAAUAACUUUUCAAACAAUUCAAAAAAAAGAUAUGCAUGCAAAAGUUAUUAUUAUCGGGUCAGGCCCUGCUGGACAUACUGCUGCACUUUAUUUAUCAAGAGCAACUUUGAAACCUGUAUUAUUUGAAGGUUUCCUGGCAAACGGGUUUGCGCCGGGUGGCCAACUCACUACUACAACUGAUGUAGAAAAUUAUCCGGGAUUCCCUGAAGGAAUUAUGGGUCCAGUUAUGAUGGAAAAAUUUCGCGAACAAAGUUCAAGAUUUGGUACAGAAAUCAUUACUGAAACUAUAUCAAAAGUUGAUCUUUCUUCAAAACCAUUUAAAUUAUGGCGUGAUGGAGCUGAGGAGCAGGCAUUUGAUACAGCUGAUUCAUUAAUUAUAGCUACUGGUGCAGCUGCUAAAAGAUUACACCUACCUGGUGAAGAUAUUUAUUGGCAAAAGGGAAUUUCUGCUUGCGCCGUUUGUGAUGGUGCUGUUCCCAUUUUUAGGAAUAAACCUUUAGCUGUUAUAGGUGGUGGAGAUUCUGCAGCAGAAGAAGCUUUAUUUCUUACAAAAUAUGGAUCUCAUGUUUAUGUAAUUGUUCGUAGAGAUAAACUUCGUGCUUCUAAAGUAAUGGCAAAUCGGUUACUUUCCAAUCCAAAAGUAACAGUAAUAUGGAACACUAUUCCAAUUGAAUGUAAAGGCGAUGGCAAACUUCUUAAUCUAUUGAUCACCAAAGAUACCAAAACUGGCGAAGAAAAGGAAUUAUCCAUAAAUGGUUUAUUCUAUGCCAUUGGUCACGUUCCUGCUACUGAAUUAGUAAAAAAUCAAUUAGAAUUAGACACUGAUGGCUACAUUAUGACUAAACCUGAUACCACUUACACUAGUGUUGAAGGUGUUUUUGCUGCUGGUGAUGUUAAGGAUAAAAAGUAUAGGCAAGCUAUUACUAGUGCUGGAUCUGGCUGUAUGGCUGCUUUAGAAUGCGAACGUUGGUUAAGUGAACACUUCCCUGAAUAAAUUAACUUAUGUACUAUUAUAUAUAAAGUUUCUUUAAUUACUUUCUAACUCAAACAAUAACAUGAGAUUUGUGCAUUUAAGCCGUUUUAAUUAUAUUAAUAAAUUUUAAUUUUUAACAUAUGACGCAUGUCUUCUCGAAAUUUGUAAU